AUGCUGUUCCCAAGAUUGUUAUCAGCCUACAUUCGACCCCACAAAGAGUACGCCAUUCAAGCAUGGAAUCCAUGGCUGCAACGCGAUCAAAAGAUUCUGGAACGUCCACAAAGAAUGGCUACCAAAAUGGUAAAAGGACUACAUUCCAAGAGUUAUGCGGAAAGACUGGAAUCACUGCAACUGUACUCCACACAGUAUCGCCGCAUUCGAGGAGAUUUGAUCUUGAACAACUCAGUGAAUCCGGUGGAAGAUCCACCGGAUUCUCGUUCCACAUCUGCUGGGGGAUCCGCCGAUUCCAGGACUAUCUCGGUCAGUGUGGAUGAUUCGGAGCGAACUCCACGUCUCAGAUAUCCCAUAAAUGUGACAAUCACCGGAUUACUUCGUCCCGGGAGAACUCUGAAUGUGACCACCGAUGGACUGGAUAAUGUUAUCAUCAACAUGGGCGGUUUGACUAUACACCUGCAUGACAGACCUUACCCAAGUGAUGGUGGUGGUGGUGGUGGUGGUGGUGGUGGUGGUGGUGGUGGUGGUGGUGGUGGUGGUGGUGGUGGUGGUGGNUGGUGGCAUAUGCUUCCAACAUACGUCCUCCAGCCAUGGUAA